AUGGUGGCACCACAGCACACAGCCACCGCCCGUCGCCUCCGACCACACCCAGCGCCGCCCCGCCAUUGCCGGAUCCCGCCUCGCCCUUGCCAGAUCUUCACAGCGCCACCAUCAUCGGCCACUUUGAUCUCAACAACCACGUCCGAUGGAGAGCUCGUCGGCGACCAUGACGACAGUGGCCGCACUCCGCUGCAACUGGCGUUCAUCGCGACGGUGGAGAACGGACGGCGACCGGCAAAGCUUCACCAGCGGCCGCAGGAUGAGCGUCGGAAGGGCUGGUGGAAGUCAACGGCGGCAGGAAGAGGGGCAUGUGCGAGGCGCAGCGGCGCGGCCAUAUCGUCGGCGGUGGAAGGGCUGGUGGGAGCGGACGACGGCUGGCUGGGCGUGUGUAGAGGCGUAGCGGCGGUGGUGGAGGGACACGACGGUCGUUUUGUGCGAGCUCAAUGA